GUUGCUGUUGAAGAUGAUGCAUGGUGGCAAGAACUCCUUCGGAACAUUGGGCACACUUGUGCCCAGCUAGGUCAGCUUUACCUGCUGGUGACAGACCAGGGCUUUCUUACAGAAGAGAAGGUUGUCUGGGAGAGCUUACACAAUGUGGAUGGCGAUGGGAAUUUCUGUGAUUCUGAAUUCCACCUGCGGCCUCCAUCGGACCCUGAAACUGUCUACAGAGGGCAGCAGGAUCAAAUAGAUCAAGAUUAUCUGAUGGCAUUGUCUCUACAACAAGAGCAGCAAAAUCAAGAGAUCAACUGGGAACAGAUCCCAGAAGGAAUCAGUGAUCUAGAGCUAGCAAAGAAGCUCCAGGAAGAGGAGGACAGGAGAGCCUCUCAGUACUAUCAGGAGCAAGAGCAAGCAGCUGCUCAGGUCCAGCAGGUGCAAGGUGCUGCUUCUCCAGCGAGCGGAAGACAAUCUGGGAGUAAUGAACGCAAACGUAAAGAGCCUCGAGAGAAAGAGAGAGAAAAAGAGAAGAAUAGCUGUGUUCUCUUGUAACAGAAAGUGGAUUCAGCCUGGAGCCAAGUGCAUGUCCUCAGAAGCAAAAACAAGGAAUAAAAAGGAAGACAAACCCGUUACAUGCCGCCUGUGCCUGAUUACCCCAUGGAUUUUGUUCACGUUUCAAGAGAGGAUGGGUGACUUUAACAAUCAUACAGACUUUCUUCAAAGUCAUAGUGCGUGCUGCUCAAGAUGGGAUUCCAAAUCACAGUUGGAUGCGGCUGUGCUUUGAGUUAGUCAUAAGAAAUACUGCACCUUGUAGCUGAACACACAAAUCAUGGCAAGUUUUGUGUCAUAGUGACAUCCAUUACUCGUUACAUCAGUUAGUAAGCUAUUUUAUCUUCUACUCUAAGCAAAGGAGGUAAUCCAUUUUGUGUGAGGCUUUCCCCUGAAGGCUGUACACUAGCACAACAAGAGUUCUGUGUUACUUACAUGGUGUGAAACUAUAUCUUAGGCUGGGUAUAGUCUUCACGACACAAGAGCCCAAAUAACAGCUGGGCACUGCCUCCUCCACGUGUCCAGAUUUCUUUGCUUCUGGAUCUGGUAUGUUUAGUUUUUUGAAGCCAGAUUUAUACUGUGUUACUGCUAUUAUUGCACCUCCUGGCCAGCUUUCUUGCCCCAAGAAUAUGUGACUUGAUAGACGUCACACAAAAAAUUGUCAUGGAAAAUGGGGCAUUUAUUAAUAAGCAAGAUGAAUAUUGUUUGCUUUUCUUGCAAUUACAAACUGGGUAUGGCAACUCAGAUGUUAUCAGGGUUAAACAAGUAAUUUUAUAAGUAACUUCUUUUUCUUUUAGUAUUUUUUCUCUUGUAGGUAAACUGGACCAGAUAAAUUCUUAUUUAUUGACCUCUCCAUAUGAUAGGUGACUGAUGAGAGGAAACUAAGGUCUAUAAUAAUCAUUAUUCUAUGUAAGAAUGCAGAGUUAAAAUAACUAACUAUCUGCCUUUUUUCCAGAAGUACCUUGAACUUUAACAUGACGUUAACAUGUCCACUUGUAUGUUUAAGCAAGUGUACUGUAGUUAAAAACACACUUUUUUGUUUGUUUUAUAAAUCAUGUAUCCUUAAAAAAGCACACUUCUGAAGGGUGAGAGAAAAGCGAGGCUGCUCUCUGAGAUUGUUUGGAAAGGUGGUCAGGUGUAAUAUUUUGUUUUUUAAAUCACUAAUUUAGAAUUUUUGGAAACCAGAUUUUUCUAAUUUAUGGGAACCAAAUAAACUUGUCGUGUCUUGUAGUAUUUAUAGAACACAAACAGAAUACUUGCUGAAUUUUGAGGGAACCACAAAUCUUCUUCCACUUCCAUUAAGUCAAUACCAAUUACCCUCUUGCUGAACUUUUUGAUAAAAAUUUCUAUUUAGCAAUUUGUAGAAGCUUUUCAAAAAGGCUGCUUCUCCUGGACAAGUUCGGUGUUCAUGCUCUGAGC